UGCUUUGCUUUGCACUCACUUUGCAUUCACUCUAACAUUGAUUUGAAAGCGAUUUACAAUUUGUUGUCAUUUCAAUCACAUCUUCACUCAAACACACCAUUGACUCACAUUUGGAUCCAAUUAAGAGAGUGACCGAAGAUGACUGACGCCAAGUACUUCGCCAACACUAAGAAGGGAGAGAUCUUUGAGCUGAAGAGUGAACUCAAUUCAGACAAGAAGGAGAAGAGGAGGGAAGCGGUGAAGAAAGUGAUCGCAUCGAUGACUGUUGGCAAAGAUGUGUCGGCACUGUUCCCCGAUGUCGUCAAUUGCAUGCAAACCGAUAACUUAGAGCUCAAGAAAUUGGUUUAUCUCUAUCUCAUGAACUACGCCAAGAGUCAGCCCGAUAUGGCUAUAAUGGCGGUCAAUACGUUUGUCCGCGACUGCGAAGACCCUAAUCCUCUGAUCAGAGCGUUGGCCGUCCGGACAAUGGGUUGCAUACGUGUCGAUAAGAUCACUGAAUAUCUGUGUGAACCGCUUCGCAAAUGUUUGAGAGAUGAAGACCCGUAUGUCCGCAAAACAGCUGCUGUUUGUGUCGCGAAACUGCACGACAUUAACGCACAGCUGGUAGAAGAACAGGGAUUCUUAGAUCUAUUGCGUGACCUCUUGUCGGACUCGAACCCUAUGGUUGUGGCCAAUGCUGUGGCCGCUCUCUCUGAGAUCAACGAGGCUUCCAGUACUGGACACCCUUUAGUCGAACUCAACGCGCAGACCAUUAAUAAGCUGUUGACGGCAUUGAAUGAGUGCACAGAAUGGGGUCAAGUCUUCAUUUUGGACUCACUGUCCAGUUAUACCCCAAAGGAUGAUCGCGAGGCCCAAAGCAUAUGCGAGAGAGUGACCCCUCGUUUAGCGCACGCCAACGCAGCCGUUGUCUUGAGUGCUGUUAAAGCACUCAUGAAAUUCAUGGAAAUGAUGUCCGCGGACUCGGAGUUUGUCAUCACUUUAACCAAGAAAUUGGCGCCUCCUUUGGUUACACUGCUGUCCAGUGAACCGGAAGUACAAUACGUGGCGUUGCGUAACAUUAAUCUAAUUGUUCAAAAACGACCCGAUAUUUUGAAGCACGAGAUGAAAGUGUUUUUUGUCAAAUAUAAUGAUCCGAUUUAUGUAAAGCUGGAAAAGUUGGAUAUUAUGAUACGACUGGCCUCUCAAGCAAACAUCGCUCAGGUUUUGGCAGAACUUAAAGAAUACGCCACUGAAGUAGACGUGGAUUUUGUGCGAAAGGCUGUGCGAGCUAUCGGUCGCUGUGCCAUAAAAGUGGAACAAUCGGCCGAGAGAUGUGUCGCUACUCUUUUGGAUUUGAUUCAAACGAAAGUCAAUUAUGUGGUUCAGGAGGCGAUUGUCGUUAUUAAAGACAUUUUCCGCAAAUAUCCCAACAAAUACGAGAGCAUUAUAUCUACUCUUUGCGAGAAUUUGGACACUUUGGACGAACCGGAAGCGAGAGCUUCGAUGAUAUGGAUUAUCGGUGAAUACGCAGAACGUAUUGAUAAUGCGGACGAAUUACUCGAGAGCUUUCUCGAAGGCUUUCACGACGAGAACAGUCAGGUUCAGCUCCAACUCCUCACUGCUAUCGUGAAGCUGUUCCUCAAGCGUCCCACAGAAACACAAGAACUGGUCCAACAAGUGCUCAGUUUGGCCACACAGGACAGCGACAAUCCUGACCUUCGCGACCGAGGAUUCAUUUAUUGGCGCUUAUUAUCUACAGAUCCGGCCGCCGCUAAGGAAGUGGUUUUGGCUGAGAAGCCAUUGAUAUCUGAAGAGACAGAUCUGUUGGAACCGACUCUUUUGGAUGAACUAAUUUGUCAUAUCGGAAGUCUCGCGUCUGUCUAUCAUAAGCCGCCGUCAGCUUUUGUGGAGGGAAGGACCGGCCAAUUGAGACGUUCACUACCGGCCCGAACAGGUUCUGAGGAAACCAAUCACUCGGAGCCCCCGCAGGCAACUGUCAUUCCAGCCGCUGAUAGUUUGAUUGGAGAUCUAUUGAGUUUAGAUAUCUCUACGCCGACCCCUCCCACUAAUUUCACUUCGGCCCCCAUUUCCAACUCCAACGUCGAUAUACUGGGCGGAGGUCUCGAUAGUUUGCUCGGCGGACCUGAUUUGGGUGGUAUUGGGCCGCAAAUGACAGCCACCUCUACAUCUCAAUUGUCAUCGACUGGACUUUUGGGAGACAUCUUUGGAAUGCCUGCUUCGGGCGCUUUCUAUACGCCUCCCAAACAGGUAUGGCUGCCGGCAGUUCGGGGCAAAGGAUUGGAGAUCACGGGAACGUUUACGCGACGAAACGGACAGAUCUGUAUGGAUAUGACUUUUAGUAACAAAGCGAUGCAAGCGAUGGGAGGUUUUGCCAUACAAUUCAACAAAAAUAGCUUUGGUUUAGGACCGGCACAACCCCUUCAAGUGCCCACACCUUUGCAUCCGAACAUAUCAUGCGAUGUGAGCCUUCAGUUGAAUACGAUGGGAGCCGUUCAGAAGAUGGAACCGUUGACUAGCCUUCAGGUGGCCAUUAAGAACAACGUGGAUGUCUUCUAUUUUAGUUGCAUUGUUCCGACGCAUGUCUUCUGCACAGAAGAGGGAGCGAUGGAUAAGCGAGUAUUUCUGGCCACUUGGAAGGAUAUCCCCUCUCAGAAUGAAGUGCAAUAUGUGAUCGACAACGUUAUGCUGAAUGUGGAUCAGGUCUCACAAAAACUUCAAACUAAUAAUAUCUUUACGAUUGCAAAGCGUAACGUUGAGGGACAAGACAUGCUCUACCAGUCACUCAAAUUGACAAAUAAUAUAUGGCUUUUGGCAGAGCUUAAGGUACAGCCCGGGAACCCGAAGUUCACACUAUCGUUGAAGUCGCGGGCUAUGGAUGUCGCGCCUGCUAUAUAUCAAGUCUAUGAAAUGAUUCUUCACAACUGAUUAUUCAAUUCAAAUGUCGAUUUCAAAUAAUGUUUGUUUUAUUUAAUUAGAUUUAAGUGAUUAAAAGGCAUUCCAUAGCUUUUCAAAUGGUGUCGAAUAUCUGUUUAAAAAUAUAUAAAUUUAAUAAAUUAUUGUUUUAAUUGGAAACAAACCAAUUGUCCGACUAAGACAUCGAUGACAUUGUUUUCUAUUUGAUGGCAAACAUUGAGUUCAAUGCUUUUGACAAUUGUAUUGAAGUCAUCACUUUUACUCUGUAUAAUAAAUGCCAGAGUAGUCCACCCGUUGUUGGCUUCAAAUAUACCAAAUUUACUGAAUUUCCUUAACUCAUCAUU